GGGGAGGCGGGGGAGACACGAAGCUGCUCCCAGAAUACCCAGACCAAGCGGGCAGAGGAGGUACGAAACAACGUCGACAUCAGCGGACACGCAGCCCAUAUCCACCAGGAUGUAGAACCAAACCAGCAAGAGCAGUCCGUGGUCAAAAUGAAGGAGCUGAAGGGCUGCGGUAUGCGCUGUUCAGUGGGCUUUCUGUCCCGCAGAGAGCUGACCGGACAGCCGCUCAUGAAGGAUGAAUUCCAGAGACGGAGGCUGGCAGGCUGCACCAGCCUCUACAAGAAAAAUUUGGAGGGCCAUUUUGGCUGCGUCAACGCCAUUGAGUUCUCCAACAACGGCGGAGAAUAUCUGGUGUCUGGAGGAGAUGACCGGCGUGUGCUUCUGUGGGAUAUCGAGAAAGCCAUCCACUCCCAUUCCAAGCCAGUGAAACUGAAGGGCGAGCAUCUCUCCAACAUCUUCUGCCUCGCCUUCGACAGCUCAAACUCAAAAGUCUUCUCCGGCGGAAACGACGAACAGGUGAUUCUUCAUGAUGUGGAGAGUCAGGAAACUCUGAACGUGUUCCUGCAUAUAGACGCUGUGUACAGCUUGUCCGUCAGCCCCGUCAACGACAGCAUAUUUGCGAGCUCGUCCGACGACGGCCGCGUUCUGAUCUGGGACACCCGGGAGCCGUCGCACGGAGAGCCGUUCUGCCUGGCUAGUUACCCUUCAGCCUUUCACAGUGUGAUGUUCAACCCUGUGGAGCCUCGGCUGCUGGCCACGGCCAACUCAAAGGAAGGAGUUGGACUGUGGGACAUUCGUAAACCACGCAGCUCUCUGCUGCGCUACGGCGGCAGCAUGUCCCUGCAGAGCGCCAUGAGCGUCCGCUUCAACAGCACGGGCACGCAGCUCCUGGCCCUGCGGCGCCGCCUGCCGCCCGUCCUCUACGAGCUGCACUCCCGCCUGCCCAGCUUCCAGUUCGACAACCAGGGCUAUUUCAACUCCUGCACCAUGAAAAGCUGCUGCUUUGCGGGCGACAAGGACCAGUACAUCUUGUCUGGAUCAGAUGACUUUAAUCUGUACAUGUGGAAAAUCCCAAACGACCCUGAAGCAGGCGGGCCCGGUCGCGUGGUGAACGGAGCCUUCAUGGUUCUGAAGGGCCACCGCUCCAUUGUGAACCAGGUCCGCUUCAACCCUCACUCUUACAUGAUCUGCUCCUCCGGAGUCGAGAAAGUCAUCAAGGUGUGGAGUCCGUACCGGCAGCCCGACAGCGAGGGGGAUCUGGAGGGCCGGGUGGAGGACCGCUCCCGCAGCCUCUACAGCCAUGAGGAGUACAUCAGCCUGGUGCUCAACAGCGGCAGCGGCCUGUCCCACGACUACGUCAGUCAGUCCAUAGAGGAGGACCCACGCAUGAUGGCCUUCUUCGACUCGUUGGUGCGCCGGGAGAUCGAGGGCUGGAGCUCAGACUCCGACAGCGACCUCAGCGAGGAGGCCAUCAUGCAGCUCCACGCCCGCGGCCGCCGCUCCACGCGGGCCGCAUCAGCGGCUCCUGUCGUCGCGUCAGCUGCCGACCGCCGCACCGACUCCGACAACUCCUCGUCUUCCUCGUUGGCGGGACCCGAUGCCUCAGGCGGUGAGGACCGAGCCGCCGGGGAAGAUGGGGAGGAGUGUCCCAGGAGACAGAGGAGACGCCCACAACACCAGUCGGGCUUCUUGGCCAAUGAGGACUCAGACUCCAGUGAGUUUUGGCUUGACCCGAUGCCCCGUCCUCGCUCGCCAAGCCCCAGAGAGAACUCCACGCUCUCCAGCCCCAGCAACUCUCCGUCGCUCCCCGCCGAGGCCUCCAGCUCCUCCACGUCCACCUCCAGCUCCAGCAGCGACGACGAGGAGCGCCGCAGCGCCGUCCGACGCCAGAACGUGGUGAGGCGGCGGCGCAUGAACGUGGUCUCCAGGGCCGGAAACCGACCCGAGUCCAUUCAGGCUCUGUUUUCAGCCAUCGACUCGUACAGCUACCCGUCGAUCUCCGUCGACGACCUGUCGUCCUCCUCGUCAGAUGACGAGCCGAACUCCCUGGAGAUCAAACCCCGGGCUUCCGCUUCCAGAGAGGAGGAAAAGCGCCUGAGUCCGUCGGAGUUCGUGUGUCUGAGUCCGGUGAUGUCUCCGGAAAGCCAAGACAACAACGGGAGUGACAGGACUGAGCAGGGAGGGCGCUCCGUCGCGUCGCCUCGGUUACUGGAUGAACUCGGCAGCCCUAAUGGCGGAGAAGCCAACGACGUCUCGACUGUCGCGGACGGCGUCUCUCAAAGCCGACGUAGUCCGGGCGUGAACGGGCAACACAGACCCGUCUCGCCGUCCAAUCAGCGCGCGUCCUCGGAGUCCGAGGACGAGAUCGGAACGCUAGCCGAAGAACCCAGGCCGCAGAGGGAGAAGGGCCUGGCGCAGAGCGCUCUGAAGCGGACUCACGUCGGGUCGGAGGAGGCCGAGUUGGGCUUGUCGUCCUCCGAAAAGAAGCUAAAGACGUAACAAAAGCCUCUUCUCAUUUGUACCCAGAACAAAACUUAGGAAGUGGAUUUUUUUUCUUUGAGUUUCUACAACUUUUUUUUUUUUUCCAUUUCGGACUCCUAGUCAUGACUCGCAUGACCUCACAC